ACAGUGUGUUUAGGGAGGCUGCAAAAGUUUCUGGUAUGGAAUUUCAUUCAGAUGAGCUAUGGAAAAUGUACAUAGAAUUUGAGAUUCAGCAGAAUAACCUAAGAGAAGUUACUGUACUUUUUGACCGAGUGCUUACUAUCCCCACUCAGCAGUAUAAAGCACAAUAUGAGAGAUUUAAGGUGUUUGCAUCCACUCAUUCUCCAAUUGAAAUCUUGAACACAGAGGAAUGGGAUUGGAUCCGCUCAAGAAUACAGAUGGAAAAUGACAAUGAUCAGAUUGCGGCUGAAGAUUCAGAUGACUGUUUGGAGCCAUUAACAGAAUCUGAUAUAGCAAGGUUUCAGGAACAUAUACUCAAAAUUAGAGAACAGUUGUAUAUAUUAAAUGAAGCAGAAGUUAAAAAGCGCUGGACUUUUGAAGAAGGGAUCAAGCGGCUUUAUUUCUAUGCUAUACCAAUAAAUGUUAAGCAACUGGAAAACUGGAGAAAAUAUCUGGAGUUUGAGGUGUCUCAGGGUCAGCAUGAGCGUACAGUAAUACUGUAUGAGCGCUGCCUGAUGACUUGUGCACUUUAUGAAGAUUUCUGGCUGUUGUAUGCAAAAUAUAUGGAGGGCUACUCAGUGAAGGCUGCCCGUUCUAUAUAUGAGAGAGCCUGUCGUAUCCAUUUACCAAUGAAAUAUGGUAUACAUCUUCAAUGGGCUGCAUUUGAGGAGAAGCAUGGAGCUUGAGACUCUGCCCGGUUGCCAUUUUUGUGUCACCCUGUGUGGUCAAAACAGAAUACCCUGGUUUAGGCCAUUGUACGUCACUGAGGCGUGUUGGUCUGGAACGGCGAAAUGGAAAUAUACACAGGAGCCGAAAAAUUGUUAAAGGAGGCUGUGCAGAUCAGUGCAACCACAAAGUUAGCAGGAUUUUACACUGUCAAGAUCACGGCUUAUUCUAAAGCUCUCAGAGAGAUCCUCACGUCAAAGGCAAAAAUCUCGUUGUACUUGAAGGUGAAGCCCUUAAGAGGGAUCCGGAUAAUCUCCAUUUACAUAUGUGUAUGCUGGAGGUUGAGAUGUCCAGAGAUGACACUGAAGAUGCUCCUCUGGUCUGUGUGGAACAAGCUUUGAAAAGUAAACUGUCUGAUGAUUCAAAGAAGAUCCUAUCUCAAAAACGACUUGAAUUUCUAGAAGACUUUGGCAGUAGUCUAGCAAGCUGGGUGAAUGCCUACAAUGAAAAUCAAACAUAUCUGAAGAGAAAAGAUGAUGAUGGAAAAAAAGAAAGCGAUGUCAAGAAGGUCAAGAAAGACUCCUUUUCUGAAGACUGCUACCCACCAGGAGUUUCGCCACCACCUAAAAAUUUAAAAUCAGAAGUUCCUUGUAAGGAUAGCUCUACAAAAAAUGCACCAGCACCUACAAAGAGUCUAUCUACAGCAAAUGUUUUAGUGGCAGAAAAGAGUACAACUGUAUCAUCUUCUUCAAAAGAAAAUACUAAGAUACCUAUCAUAGAACCUUAUAAAAGCAGUCAUUACCGUAGCCCACGUCCAUAUUUUGCCCCUGUAAGAACAUAUGGUCCACCUCAAAAUGUACCAAUGCAGCCAUUCUUUAGAAAUCGUUUUUCAGCACCAAGAGAGAACAUGUUUAGUGACUUCCAUCAAGCAAUGCAUCCUAAUUCACAACAAGGUUCCUUUAGUGGACCUCCUGGACCAUUUAUGGAUCCUUCAAGAAUGCCAUUUAACAUGCCCCUAUGUUUGGCUAUGGACCAUGGAUUCAGGUGAGCCAAGAUACUCAAAUACGUUGCUGUGUGGGUGUUUUCUUGCAUUGA